AUGACAUCCACUGAAAGUUACCGUGCCCAACUGGCAAUUCAGCAACGAGUACCUCUUCUCUCAGGAAUCUACAGUCCACCUCCAACUCAUGUACAAGGUCCUGACACCGCAAAACGAUAUGAAGCCCUCGAAAACGAAUCAAAAUUCAUCACAGGGCAGGCCAAAAUACCACAUCUUUCCACUGACUCAAAUCCCUCAUCUCAGCCUUCACGGCGAAACAGUACAAACCGCCUUGGCAUCUUCAACAAAGUCUUCACCACAAGCCCUCCUCCUUCUCCGAGAUUUGUCACUACCUUUGUCACGGUUAUCCUUCUACCCCAAGCGGGUACACGACCCAUUCUCCUCACUCUCCGCACAAUCGAUAUUCGCCUCGAGGGACACAAAGAUAACCAUCUCUCCCACGUUCCCGACAUGCGUUCGUUUUGGGGAGAUGGCGAUCCCUGGCACGCUCGAAUACAAAAAUAUUCUUCCCUAGCCAUGGUCAAAGAUUCCACAGAUCAUGUUUUAACAGGAACAUACAUGUUAUUAUACACACCCGAAGGAAACGAUUUGUCCUUAAACCAGAGGUGGAGUGCAGGAGUUUGUGGGGAUGCGUGUAUCGCUAAGCUGGGCAAGAAUAUGUGGGGGAAAGGAGGAGUGGCUGCGUAUGAAGAUAUCGAUAGGGAGUUUUUGGAUGGUGGGCUGUAUAGGAAAAUGUUGAUGGGGAUGUUUGACAGCCCCAUGAAUGGUUCAAAUUCGGGUGCUAGUGGUCAAAACAUGGACAGUAUUGACAAGGAGAUUUCGUGA